GACGCUCUGGCAUUAUGUCAAUCAGUUUGGACUUGAUGGCUUGUGAAGCAGGUGCUCACCAAUGGGAAGCGUGUACAUUGUGAAUCCCAAAUUUUCUCUUCAUUCUUUCUUUGACAUCCAUUUGUUGUUUCUUUCACAACUGGUUUCCUCUUUUGUGUAGUUAUACAAUGUAAAAAUGACAUCACAACUCUAGAUUUCUGUGUUCAUUACCUGCUGAUCAUAAUGGCUGAGCAUGAUACCCACUCCUCGGAACAGCAAAACGGCUCGAGUCUCGACGUCUGUAUCGACAAAUACGCGACCGUUAUGGCUGACCUUGUGACCAAUCUAGGCCUGACCUCCUUCGACUUCAUCAAAGCUAAAGAUGACAGCAGCGACGAGCAACUCCGUUUCGGCCUGGCCUACAACGCUCUCUUCUCCAUCGUCGCCGAGCGCACACAGGAGGUGACGCGAAUAUCGGAGUGCGAUCCUCAGAGUGAAAAAAUCCCGGAUCCACGUCCAUGCAUUGCAAAACUCCUAUUGAUGUUGAAUCUGCGUAAGCGCCUGGGGCUAUUCCCAGGGCAAUCGGAACCUGAAACUAGCCUCGACUUCACCGACGAUUCGGAAGAGUGCGUCAAAUGGCUCGAAUGUGAGUUCCAUAUCAUUGCGCAAAGUGCUAUCGACGACUCGGGCGCAUUCUCAGAUUUUGAAAUAACUAUCCUGGAAAACGUGGACCCGGACUUGUCCGCUACUGAUCUUGAAGGCGCGCGUUUCGUUGGCCCUGUCUCAGAUCAGCGCAGCGAUCACACGGAUUGCUGCAUCUGCAAGGAAUCCUAUACGCCGGAGCAUCCAGGCUUCCAACUCCAUGCCUGUUCACACGUCGUCGGCGACAACCGCCUUUUACGCUGGGUAAACUCGACGCAAGUGCGGGCCAAGCUGUUCCCUGCGAGGGAACGUCGUCCAACCCCAGAUCAGGUCGAACCAAGGAUCCGCCUUGCGCUGGCGCAAUUGGACGAGUUAGCUGCCCUCGUGAAAGAGGUAGCUGGUGACGUAUUGUUCCGGAAGUCUGGGUUGGCGGAUCUGGUGGAGGAUGUAAGGAUCUUGAGACCUUCGACAUCAGAAGUCGCUUUAGUUGAAAGUGACCCUGAUCUGACUGGCGUACCGCGCGGCUUGCAUGGCGAAUUGUAUUAAUAUAACGUAGCUUGAUUAUGGGAUAUCGUACGUCUGCUUUUCACUCUUAGUCCUUAGUUCUGCGGGAAGGCUGGUAACACGAAUUGGAUUUC